AUGAUGUGGUUCCUCCUUCUUCUCCUCUACACAGCUCACAUCGAGCGGGUGAUCGCACAAGGUGACAACAGGCUGAUUCUCAUGAAUGGAAGCAACCCAUGUGAAGGCCACAUUAGAAUCUACCAUAAAAGCAAAUUGGGCUAUGUUGGAGAUACAUUUUGGAGCAUGAACAAUGCCAAAGUGGUGUGCAGGAGCACUCACUGUGAUGAACCUGUGAGCACCUACUCAGACUAUACGCAGUUGCCCAUUGGCGAAGCCUGGCUCAAUGAAGUGAACUGCACCGGAGAAGAGAGGCAUCUGACGGAAUGUACAUACCCUGGUUGGGGCAUAAAGCACUUCACAAAUAAGAAGCUGAUAAAGAUUGAAUGUUCAAAUAAAAUCCACAUGAGCCUGGAUGGAUUUAGAUGUGCGGGAGCUGUCCAGUACUCCACAGAUAGGGAGAAGACAUCUUCAGGUUACUUGUGUGGCGACAGCGGCUGGGGUAAGAAACAAAAAGACGCCGAUCUUUUGUGUAAAAACCUCAACUGCGGUGGAUACAAGGAAAUUCCUAAAGUCGAAUGGAUGGUUUGGAAGAGCUUCAAAGACUUUAAGAAGAUGUCAAUCGACUGUUCAGGCAUUGGAGAUGUAACUAACCUGUGGCAGUGCGCCACUAAGGAAUUACCAUCAUGCAAAAGUCCUGCUUCUGUCAUAUGCACAGAUCAUGAGAAACUACAACUCAGCGGAAACACAUCAAAUGUUUGUUCUGGGAGGCUUGAAAAACUGGAAAACGACAUCUGGGAGCCUGUUAAAGACAUAAACACCACUCCAGAUGUGAGGUGCAAGCAAAUGUAUUGUGGUACCGCUGUCAAACAAAGUCCCACUGGCAAGCAGCUAACAUGCACAGAUAAUGUUAAAGUGGUUCUGAUGGACAAAGGAAACACCAGCCAGUGCUAUGGUGCAGUUUAUAUUGAAGUGAAUAACGCCCGUUGGCCCGUGUGUGCCUCCACCUGGACCGAUAAGGAAGCUGAAGUGGUCUGCAGGGAGCUAAACUGCGGGAGAAUGAUUAGUAAAUAUAAGAAUACUAAUAAAAUACUAAAUAACGGGAUAAUGGACAACGUGGAGUGCUCAGCCAAAGAAUCCUCACUGUGGCACUGUAGAGCCAAGCGUGACAAAGAUCAUUUCAAAUGUUCGUCCCACGCCUACGUAGACUGUGCAGGGAGUUUGGAUGUGAGAUUGAUGGACAGUCCUGGGAAAUGUGCUGGGAGAGUGGAGAUCCAGCAUAAGGGCCUGUGGCACAGGGUCGAUAAAAAACAAUGGACAAGCAUUAAUUCAAACGUGGUCUGCAGGCAACAGGGAUGUGGGAAUUAUUCCCAAGAGUAUUCCACCAGUCAUGUAAAAUUCAGCCAGGGUUCAGGUGACUUUCUGGCUAAGAACGUCAACUGUCAGCAAAAUGCCGAAAAUAUAUCUGAAUGUAUUACAGGGGAUAUACAAAUCCCAAAAUCAACCGCGGCAGUGGCAGUGGGAAUAACCUGUGAUGACCACAAGGUGGUAUUUCUUAAGGGAUCAUGUUCUGGCGAGGUGGCGAUAGAACACCGCAACAAAACCUUCUGGCUCUCUGGGUCCAAAGAGACGUGGAACCAAAAGACUGCAAACAUAGUAUGUCGGCAGAUGCGAUGUGGGAAAGCCUCACACUUCACUACCUCCAACACUAGUAUGAUGGAAGAUGUUUGGAAUGAAUCUUACAGGUGCUCACCCAACACCACAUCUCUGUUUGACUGUGAAACAACAACACGGCCAAGCGACCACAAUGCUUCUGUUGCCAUUGUGGAGUGCUCAGGAAAAAUUAAGGUAAACCUGACCAAUAAGUGUUGGGGGCAUGUCCACUUUUGUGUGGACGGGAAGUGUGGAGGUGUGUGUAACGACACCUGGACAGACCAUCAUUCUCUGAUGCUGUGUAAAAAUCUGGACUGUGGGGACCAAAUCCUACAUCUCAAUGCCAAGCCUGAACAAUAUAACGUGGCCUUCAAAGGUUUGUACCCCCACAAGAACUGGACCAACCUGGCCGAGUGCAACGCCAUCAGCUUUAAAGCACAUGAAGACUCCUGUAAGACAAACCCAGCCUAUGUUGUUUGCUCAGGUAGUGUCAUGGCCAGAUUUAAUACUACCAGAGACAAAUGUUCUGGAAACUUGCAGAUGUACAAUGAUGGCCAGUGGCUCCCAGUUUGCAAAGAAGCUCUUCAAGACAGCAACAUACGAAACAUCAUCUGUAGGGAGCUGUCAUGUAGUCAGAAUGACUUGAGUACUAAUUUGCUGAUUGAGUACUUCGGACCUCAAUCAGCAGGGGGUCGUAUCAUUUCCAAAAUACAGUGUUCUGGAAAGUCAUUAACAGCAUGUACUAUGACUUUAAGUGAGGACAAAUGCCCUCUUGGUGCCAUCCAAUGCUCCAGCUGGAGUAAGCUGACACUGUCUGGCUCCAAGGCCUGCAGUGGAUCUCUGUUUGUUGACACGCAUGAAAAAACAAGUCAUGUUUCCAUUGAAGGCUGGACAGAAAUUGAUGGAAACAGAGUUUGCCAGGAUCUGGAAUGUGGCAAAUUAAAGUCAAAUAAGACUACAAUUUCAAGCAGUAGGCCUACCACAAGCUUCAGCUGUGCAGCUGUAGAGAAUCCAAAAAACAUCUGGGCCUGUGAAAAGGACACCUCACUGCAAAGCGAAACAAAUCAGACGCUCUUUAUUGAAUGUCAAGAUGAGCCAAAGGUCACCCUUUCAGAUGAAUGUCAUGGUGAAGUGAGGAUAAAUGACAUUGGGGUGUGCGACAGUCAUUGGAAAAAAGAAUAUUCAGGCAUGGUUUGCCAACAACAGGGGUGUAGCUACGCCAUUGAUGGUCUCGUCAGAGUUAAACUGCUGGAGCCAGAUAAGCAGUACCACCAUGUCAGCUGUGAACACAACCAUGUUCAAAUGGGCGAGUGCAAGAGAUUCCUGGCAAAGUGUGAUGGAAAUUUGGUGUCUAUUCACUGUGUCAACGAUGUCAAGUUCAACACCACAGAAAAAUGCGGAGGUCAGAUUCAAGUCAACUAUGGAGAUAAUUGGGAAAAAGUGUGUCCUCUGACAGAGUCAUUUCCCAAGAAACUUCUGAAUUCGGAGAUGCUGUGUGAAAAUACAGAUUGUAAAGGUUACAAUAAUAGCAUCAAUAAAAACAACAAACAGGUCAGCAUGGGAAUAACACUGAUUUGCGAUAAUGCCAACGACAUCAAGUACUGUGUCCAACGCAAGACUUGUGACGGGCAGAGACCAGCUGAGAUCUACUGUAACGGGUACGUGGAGAAAGUAGAACCAACAGGUAAACCCGCUCCGAACCUCACAGUGACUAUUAUCCUGGUACUAGGAUUUAUUCUGGUUCUUGUGAUACUCAUUGUCAUAUUUGUACGAAUCUGCAUUGUCAACAAAGCCAAGGCGGUCUCGACGAGAAUGUUGGCAAGAAAAGAAGUUGAGUUUGAAAGUGGCGACUAUGACGACGUCAUGGAAAAAUCCAAUGAAAUGGAGGACCGGAGUCAGGCCAGUUUCAGAGAAGAGGUUGAAGUGAAGAGCACUUCCUUCAAUUCUUACAAUAAUAUGGAUGACGUGGCUGAGACUGAGCCCCUGACCGGUCAGGCUGCCACCUUUGCUGCUUCAGGAGGCAACUAUGUCGAUGAGGUUCCCCUCGAUCACAUCUCAGAUGGGGUGACCUACGAGGUGGACGACCCGCAGGAGAAUUACGACGACAUUGAAGCCUUCCCUGCAAUCACUCAGACUGAAGCUGAAGUCCACGACAGCCCCCAAGUCACACCUGAGAGCGACGCAGCGGAACCUGUAGGAUUAGUGGAGGGGGAUGAUGACUACCUGGUGCCGGGCUAAGACGGGUGAGCCAAACCUGGGUUUAGCUGGCAAAGCGGAUCUCCCCAAACACCUAGCUGCCAUUUACUCUGACGAAAAAAGUCUGAAAUUACAGACGGACAAAACGAUGUCACAGUAAAUCUUUUUAUUCAGCAGAUAUUCAUGAAGUAACUUAAAAAUUGAGUGUAUUAAGAAAAACAUGCAUCUCUAGAUAAAACUAAUUAAAUGAUUCAUACUGAUAAUUCCAUAUCAGACAAGAUUGUACAGUUUAUGAAUAGAACAAAAGGUCGAUCAGAGGUUUCAAAUGUACAAAGUGUUAGCCUGCACAGGCGAGGAAGAUGAGUGAGCACAAUUAGCUUUCUCUUUAAAUGUACAAAAUGAGACGGAAGUGACAGAAACUUAGAGCGAUAAGCAAAGCUAUAAAUCUUUUUUUGUUUUUAUUAUAAAAUCUACUGCCUGUUGUUGAUUUUAUGGCCAUUAUGAAAUGUGCUUAGAAUGUUAAAUAAUCAUAUAUGAUCUUUUUAAUUGUUUUGUUAAAAACAAAUCUGAUGUUAAUACAGUAAUAGAUUUUCAAUGAUUUGCGUAUGAGUUUAUUUUUUGCAGUAUUUUGUUGACUUGUCAACAUCUAUAUAAAGAAUGCAUGCAGCAACAAUGAAAUAAAUGUGACAUGAGUCAAACUCACAGCUGAUUCAGUAAUCAGGUCAUUUCAUCGCAUGGUUGUAUUGUAUAUUUCUGAGUCUAUAGGCUUUUUAAGAAUGUAUAACAUUGAGAUUUUACAGUCAUAUUCUUUAAUAUUUUCCUUGUUCUGCAAGAAACAAAGUAUGCAUAUU